AUGGCAAGCGCAGAUACAAUAGUAUUGAAGGUUAGAUUGGUGGAUAAGAAGGUGUUCAAGAAGUUUCAAUUCUUUCCAAAGAAGUCAGUACAGGAGGCACGUCUUCAUAUUGCCAAAGAGUUGGGAGUCGAUCAUGAACAAUAUGGAUUGUUCCUACCACCACGUGACGAUCAGAAUGGAAUCUGGUUCAGAGAUGACUAUCCUUUGGACUUUUAUGGACUGGAAGGUGAGACCGAUCAGAAAGAAUCAAUGUUAUUCAGUACACGUCCAGAGACUCCAGUGAUGGAGUUUGUAGAGUUCAAGAAGAGAUAUAGACCGAUCAAGAUCACAAGAGGCACUGAUGAGUACAAGACAGUGAUGGUUGAUGAUACUUUGAAUGUGUCAGAGAUCGUUCAGGUGAUCGUGGCACAGGUACCCUCUUCAUUUAUAAUAACAGAGACUGAACUAUAUGGAAUGAAUGAGGAAGAGAUUGAAGUGCUCACUGGUGACAUGUCAAUUAGAGAACAAGGAUAUGUCGGUGAGUGCACUGCUGGUCUACUACGUACGGCCAAGGGUGAUGUCAACCUAUUCAUCAAGGUGCCCUACUUUGAAGGAUGGAUCCUUCGCAAACGUGGUGGCAACUUCAUGAAGAACAUGAUCAAGAAUUGGAACAAACGAUGGUACACUCUCAAAAAGAACAAGCUUGUCUAUCACAAGGCCAAAGGCGUCGGUCCCGAGAUGGGAUUCACAGACCUGUCCGAAGUGCCAUCCAAGUAUUCAAAGUCAUGCUUUGAGUUGGUCACACCUGCCAGGACAUAUGUGAUGUUGGCCAAUAGUGCCAAUGAGAUGAGGAAAUGGAUGGAUAACUUGGACUUCUCAAGGAGGAUGUUUGCUUAUGAGACUCAGUUCUUUGGUGUGUCAACUAGAUCACAGAACAGAAUGUCAGUGAUGCCAAAGUCAUCGAGUGGUGAACAGAUUGAUCAACAGUCAUCAUCAUCGCCAUCAGUUGUCCCCCAAGAUGACAAAGCAUGUGAAGAUGAGGCAGCAGCAGAGGAGAAGAGGUUGUUGGAGGAGCGUGAACGACAAAUAGAACUCGAGAAGAGGGCGGACGACGAACAAUCACCCAUCAUCGAACCCCUCCCAGUGGUCGUGGAGCAACAACCAAUCAUCGUAGAGGAGAUCAAAGAGAAGGAGAAGGAGCCAGAACAUGUAGUGGAGAAAGUUGAGGAGGAGCAGACAGGGGCAGACUUGGAUGAGGCGAGGACAAGAGAACAGGAAGAGGAGAUGGUGAGAUUGGAGGAGGAGAUUGAGAAGCAGAGAUUGGAGACCGAGAGGUUGGAGAAGGAGAGACAAGAGUUGUUGGAGAAGGAGAGGCAAUUGGUUCAGGAGAAGCAGGAGUUAUUGGGGAAGAGCAAGUCGGAUCCUAGACUAAGAGCAUUACAAGCCAGAUUGGAGUGUGUUGGAGCAGAGAAGCCCGCUCUUAAGUUCCUUCUCGAGGAGGCCACACUCUCAGCCCCUGACAACCUCCUCCUCUCAUGGGCCAACUAUGUCACACGCGAUCGAAGCCAGAGUAGCAAACAACUCAAUGACUUGUCCACAGUUGAGGAUAACUUGAACAAAUAUAUACAUUUACUUCAUAAGUUGGAGCCUGAACAAUUUGGACUUGAUGGAUUGUCAAUGGUAUCGAAUGCCGUCAAGGCAGGACAUAUUGUGAAGCAACUCAAUGAUUAUAAUGGCGGCGCCGGUACGACAUCAACAGGCAGUGCAGUUACAAUGGAUCAAUUGCUGUCAGAGAAUGUAGAGACACAAUUGAUUGUGUUGAAUGCCAUAUAUGAAGAGGUCGGUGGCAAUUGGGAGGAAGAGUUCCAGUCACAAAUAGUAUCCAAACGUACAUUCGCCACAAAGUACAUCAGCAACAUACUCAAUGAUACCACCAUCCCUGGUCUAUCCACCAAGAUCCCUCACUCUCCCCACGACAUUAUCAAAAGUAUAACUGAUGGUCAACUACUCUGUUACCUUUUGAACACAGUAUUCCCGGGUAUUAUUGAUGAGAGAGUUGUGGAAGCGAAUGCAAAGGAUGGAUUGGACUCGUCCAACUUGAAUAUUGCCAUCAAUGCUUCAAAGUCAUUGGGCGCAAAACAUGUAGGAAUAACAUCAUCUGGUGCCAAGGAUAUUGUUGCAGAGUUGAGCUCAUCUGAUCUACAUAACCUGUUAUGGGAGAUCAUCGAGUUGUGCCUGCUUCAAUCAGUCAACCCAUUCAAACAGACUUUCACAUUCCAUCUAAUGCGUGCAGAGUCCAGGAACAACUUUAGACAUCUCCAACGCGACAAGAUCAUGCUGCGGUGGUUCAACUACCACCUCAGACGACUUGGAUGCACACCAUUGCUCACUCCACGCGACAUCAUUGACACGGAGAACAGUAAGCUUAACCUAUUGUUUGUGGCCGAGUUGAUCAGAGUAUGUCCUGCGCUUCCAGAGUACAACAUUGGUGUGGAGGACAAUCUCAAUGAUCAGGUGGCCGAGUCAAGUGAGCAGAGUAACAAUGAUUCACAGUUGUUGGAGUGGAUCAAUAAUAUGGGAUUAAUCGGCAUCACGAGUCCCGUGACCAACCUGCAAGAAUCAUUUUCUGAUGGUACAUUGUUCCUCAAGAUAUUCGACAAGGUGUUGCCGCCAGGCACUGUCGAGCCACGUCGUCUCAAGACACAACCUACAACAAUGUUCAAGAAGUUGGAGCUAUUGAACUACUGCAUCGAACUUUGUCACAGACAGCGACUCAACAUCUCUGGUGUGGCCGGUGUUGAUCUCCUUCGCGGUGACAUCAGGAGCAAUCGUGUGAUACUCAAUCAACUUAGACGACACCUUGGCGACAAGGUCACCAUUGACGUGGUGACGGCCAACCAGGCACAAGCACUCAAAUGGGCCAAUGGCAAGGUGGACGCACAACUCCACGCCACCAAGGUCAAGCCUAUCCAAUCAUUCAAGGAUCAAUUCCUACAUAAUAGUUUGUUCCUGCUAGAGUUGCUCGAAGCAUUGCAGCCCAAGACUGUCAACAAGUCAUUCGUCAAAUGUGGAUCGAAGCUCAGUGAUUCAGACCUUCAAUCAAACGCACAGUACUUCCUCACAUUGACAUGGAGCAUUGGCAUUCCAAUUCAAGUUCAAUGGCAAGACAUCAUCAAAGUACGAUCCAAGUGUAUCAAACACAUAAUCGAGACAUUCCAUGAAUGGGAUGAUAACAUAUCUUAUUAA